UGGUACACCAAAUAGAUGCCCUCUAUCUAGUAGCUCUAGCCAGCCAGCAGUAAAACAACCCAGAGCCAGCAAGUACCAGAGCUUUCAUCUUCACCACAGCUCACAAAUUGGGAAAGAAAGCAAUGAAUCCAUCCUUUGAAACAGAGCUGAACUUCUACUGCAGCGAUGAAGUCGAAUCAUGCAGGGUUGAUGUGCAUAGCCCACCAGCUGCUCCGUUAAGAUACCCAGACCCAACCUUCAGGGCCGUGCGAAGAUCCAAUAUACUGGCAAUCGACCACAAGAGCAACCAAAGGCAUCUUGUAAAGGCAUUGGUUCGGAGAAGGCAAAGUAACUCAUUGAAUUGUGGCGACAUUGCGUACUUUCUCAAAGAAGUGGUAGCGAAGAAGCCAGGGGUAUCCAAAACUUGGGCAGCUGUCGUUCUCAGGCCAACCAACAAUAGCCGCAACACAACGUCCAACGAAUCUCUGUUCGGGGUUGAAUGGGAAAGUACAGAACAGAUUGUGCUUAUCAAAGUUUUCCCGUGGCAAAAGCUUGAUCGCUGCCAGAGACAAUUAGUCAUCCAGGAAGCUUCUGUGCUUCAAUACGUAGGAAGUUCGAGCGAGUACGUGCAAGGCUGCUUGGAGACACUCAAGGAUGACCAGAAGGUUUACAUCGUAAUGCCGCACUGCUCCGAGACCACGCUAGCAUCGAGGAUUGAGCCUGCGGCAGACAAGGCGUCUGUCCCCAGAGAUACCGAUGGUUUUGUCCAGCCGAAUGAAAGGUUGGCAAGCAGUUGGUUCGUCCAAAUCUGCAAGGGUUUGCUUCACCUACAACACAAAGGGCUCUAUCAUGGCGGCCUCUGCUUUGAGAGCCUUUUUCUGGUCGACAACAUGGCCCUGAUAGUCGGCGACCUAAGCAAUGCCGAUCGCGUUCCGUUCCGAGACCCAUUUAAUGCAGAGAGGGUCACCGAUGUGUCAGAAGGCGAAUGCCGACUCUUGUUCCCCCGAGACUCAUCGAGCAAAGGCGACGACCGGUUCAGGGCUCCUGAAAUUACAAUUGGGGCAUUUGACGCGUUUGCUUCGGACAUCUUCUCCGCUGGCGUCGUCUUGUUUGUCCUCUUGACCGGGAUCGCUCCUUUCAAGGUUGCAAAGACAACUGAUCCUGUGUUCAAAGUCGUUUCUAGCGGUCACUUGAGAGAGCUACUUGAGAGCUGGAAGGUUGCUCUCAGCGCUGAAGCAUGUGAUCUUCUGCAAAGCAUGCUGUGGCGUAAUCCAAGCAAACGCUUGAGUCUUCACGAAAUCCUGGAGCAUCCUUGGAUGAAAGAAGAGAAACUUCGAGUGCCAGCACGCGUAACCUAUAGAGCUCUUGAGUUGCCUGCUUCGUAUACUGGUCAGAAGAUGCAACUGCUGAGGAACGCAAUCAAGCACCACAAGCGAGAACAAAGGUGCAGGGAACUUGCUCCUAAGCUCCGUCGAUCCCUACGCCUGGAGUUGCUUGGUCGUACUCGGGGACGCUCACGGCGCGAUACAAUGAGCGACUCGUCGAAGCAAUCGUGGAGUUCCACCUCCUCAAGACGAGCAAGAAGCAGGUGCCAAGCUAAUGGAGCCGCUGACGGUCAUGAAUGCAACAUUGUAAAUCGCAACCGUCUUCCUGGGACCGUCAGAAAGCUGCUCAGAUCCGCCAAAAGGACGCUUGGCUUUUCUGGCCGACGAAAGACGCGGCUUCCAGACACAGCAUCAGUGCUCGUCGAACCAAUGAUUUUGUCUGCCAGGUCCGCAUGAUGAUCUGUGGUUUUGUAAAAACGUGAAGCAAUAUGCCUGUAAACUUCAAGCAUGUAGCAUAUGCUUCUGUAACAUACUAUUGAACCAAGUUUGUGUUGU